GGAAAGUGUCACGAAACGAAAGGGAUUAAUACGAAAAGAAAAAGCUUCAUUAAUACUAUGAUGAGAAUGAUAAAUUAAAUGGUAACAGGUAGCAGUUUACAAUAGGCAGUGUAAUCCAAAAUAAACAGUCAUGGCUGAUCACUCACUGCGAUCAUGUCCAUAUGACCAGGCUAAUAUCUUUUCCAAAAUCACCUUUUGGUGGAUGAAUGCCCUCUUUAAAAUGGGCUUUAAAAAUGAGCUAUCAUCAAUGAAUAUUUGUGAAGUAUCCAAAGAAGAUGAGUCGAGCCGCUUAGAGUCUAGGUUAGAAAGAUACUGGAAAGAAGAAGUCCAGAAAUUUUCUGAAGGUGGGAAAGCAAGUCUGUUUCGGGCCAUUCUUAAAGCAUUUAAAUGGCAAUGGUUAUUGCCUGGUGUCCUAGUUUUAAUAUUUGAAUCUGUGAAGUUAGUGCAGCCUUAUCUGAUUGGUCUGCUGGUCACCUAUUUCAACAGUGAAGUAGAUGCUGUGUCAGAAUCCACAGCCUAUGGGGUUGGUGCUUGCCUAGGGAUAAGUGCAUUGAUUCAAGUAUGUGUGAAUCCAACUUAUUUUUUCAUCAUGCAACAUGUCGCAUUGCGAAUGAAAGUUGCUGUUGGGGCGCUCAUUUACAGAAAGGUUUUAUCAUUAAGCACAGAAGCUUUUCAUCAGACAUCUUCUGGUCAAAUAGUAAACCACCUAUCCACUGACUUGGAAAAAUUUAAUUCAUCAAUUGACCUGCUGCACUACUUGUGGGUAUCUCCAUUGUCUAUAAUUAUCGUCAUGUACCUCAUGUACCAGCAAGUUGGGAUUGUUUGUUUCUGGGGCUUGGCAGUUGUUGCUGUGAUUGUCCCACUGCAAGCUGGUCUUUCAUCUGUGUUUGGAAAAAUAAGGCAAAAAAUUGGUAGUUACUCUGAUAAACGAAUCCAGCUCAUGUCAGAGAUUAUUAUGGCAAUGCGCAUGAUUAAAAUGCAGUGUUGGGAACAGCCAUUUCAAAACCUUGUAUCCAAGAUCAGAAGGCAGGAAAUAUAUCUUUAUCAUGUUGGCGCCACACUGAAAACAUUUACCCGGGGUUUCCAGGACAUCUCUCCCCGCCUGAUGAUGAUGGCCAUUUUGGUAGCCGCUUAUCACACCAGUGGUCAGUCAGUUACGCCCAGUAUGGUCUUCACUAUUGUUGGAUGGCUGGAGGUUGUGCGUCUCACUGGGUUUUAUUUUAUUUACUUCUCCGUGGAAAAUAUCAGCCAGCUCUUCAUGUCCAUGUUCCGAGUCCAGACCUUCCUUUUACUGGAUGAGGAGAAGGAACAAAUCAAAGACCUCAAUCUCCACCGCUCCGUCAGCUAUCGCAAUGAACCACAUUCUGAUUGGGCUGUUGACAUAGAUCACAUGACCGCCAGAUGGCCAGUAGUGUACACAGAGGGCAAGAGGAGAUUCCAGAAGAAAAGGGAGAGAACUAGUACAAGUUCCACCAAAAGCCUUUUGCAUGAGAGUGAUGUGGAUCAUGCUUUUUCUUUGAAAUAUAUUUCUUUGAGUAUUAAAAAGGGUGAACUGUUAGCAGUGGUUGGUGUUGUUGGAUCUGGCAAGUCUUCAUUGCUUCUGGCCUUAAUUGGUGAACUGCCAUAUGAAAUAGGCCAGAUUGCCAUAAAUGGGCGUGUCAGUUACUGCGGGCAGACCAACUGGGUGUUCAGUGGAACAGUGCGGGAGAACAUACUGUUUGGGCACUCAUUCAACCCUAAAUACUACCAGCUUGUCAUCAACGCUUGUGGUCUGACUAGAGACCUGGAGCUCUUGCCUAAAGGAGAUCAGACUUUUGUAGGAGAGAGGGGGCUGCAGCUGAGUGGUGGCCAAAGGGCAAGAUUAUCCCUUGCCAGGUCAGUGUACCAUAAUGCUGAUGUCUUUCUUUUUGAUGAUCCACUGAGUGCUGUUGAUGCCAGUGUUGGUCAACAUAUCUUUCAAAGGUGUAUUCUUGACCUACUGAGGGAGAAAACUGUUGUUCUUGUGACCCACCAGUUACAGUACCUUAAGAAGGCAGAUAGAAUUGCUGUCAUGCGUGAAGGAUCCAUUCAUGACAUUGGGACCUAUGAUGAGCUCAAGGCUCGUGGAAUGGACAUGAAAGCUCUGACCUCCUCAGAUGAGCAUCCUAAACAUGCGACUGAGGCUGCCCUAGAGGCUGAGGAAGAGGCCAAGUUGUUGCUUUUGGAGAGUAAAACACUGCGGUUACCUGAUGAGAACAAAGACACAGAAGAAGAGGUCCUGUCUGGCACUGUUGGCAUCAAAGUCUACUGGAGCUACUUCUGUGCUGGAUAUGGCCCUGUCCUCCUACCUCUCCUGCUGCCACUCUGGUUUGCUGGGCCUGCUCUAUUUUGUUUCUCUGACUGGAUGCUAGCAGAAUGGGUAGGGACAACCAGCAAGAACCAUAACCCACCAGGCCUUGAGUACAACAAAUCUUUAGUAACCGUCCCAUUAACUCUAGACCUGACAUCAUCCACCAAGUCCCCUCAAGGGGAGGGAGGGCUGCCAGUCACCAUGACCUGGUACAUCAUUGGCCUGGUGACGAGCUGCGUGGCCUACAUCCUGUACGCAGCUGUCUACCUGCAGAUGACCGUGGUGGCCAGUCGCAGACUUCAUGACAGAAUGUUGAACAGAGUUAUGAAUUCUGUUUCAAGAUUUUUCGACACACAUUCUGUUGGUCAGAUUUUGAACAGGUUCUCAAGAGAUUUAGGAUUUGUUGAUGAUUCAGUUUCUAUGCUUGGUUACCUUGUUUCUAUGAAAACGACACAGUUCCUUGGGUUUUUUAUUGUGACAGUCAUAGUCAAUCCCUGGCUGACCAUAGCAGUUGUUCCUGUAAUGGUGUUAAUUGUGCUGACCAGAAUGUAUGCACUUCGCACACUUCGACAAGUGAAACGGCUAGAGGCUAAGGCCCGCAGUCCAGUCUACGCCCACGUCUCUGACACAAUUCUUGGGUUGGAGACCAUCAGAGCUCUGGGCAAGAAGGAACAGUUCCUGUCAGAGUUUGAUGAGCACCAGAACAAGCACACCUCUGCCUGGUUUUUGCACCUCAGCUCCUACAGGUGGAUGUCGGUGCGCACCAUGAUGACCGUGGUUGUCUACAUGAAUUUGAUCAUAUUUGUCUCUCUGGCCCUGAAAGACUCCCUCAAUGGGAACUUGCUAGCCUUGUCAUUGAUCUACUGCAUUGCCAUGGCUGAGCCAUUUGAGUGGUACAUGAGGAUCUCUGCAGAUCUGGAAACUUACAUGACAUCAGUGGAGCGAGUACUGCAGUACAGUGAGUUGGACCAGGAGCCUCACAAGAACUCUGACAAGCCCCCGUCACCUGACUGGCCUGUCAUUGGUGCCAUCACCUUCACCAGUCUCUCACUCAAAUACUCGCCUGACUCGCCUUAUAUCUUAAAAAAGAUCGACUGCUACAUCAAGGGAAAGGAAAAGGUUGGCAUAGUUGGGAGGACAGGUUCAGGUAAGAGCUCCUUAAUUACCUCCCUGUUUAGACUGGCCCACCCCUCUGGAACCAUCUACAUAGACGGGGUGGAUGCCAGCAAGCUGGGCCUGCAUGAGCUGCGCAGCAAGAUAUCCGUCAUCCCACAAGACCCAGUGCUGUUCAGUCAGACGCUGCGCUGGAACCUGGACCCACUGGAGGAGUUCAGUGAUGAAAGGCUGUGGCAUGCUCUAGAACAGGUCCAGCUGAAAAGGAAGGUGGAACAAAUGCCAGGGAAGCUGUACACAGACCUACAGGAAGGUGGAGCCAACCUGAGUGUGGGCCAGAGACAGCUGAUCUGCCUGGCUAGGGCUCUACUCAAGUACAACAAGAUUCUUAUCCUAGAUGAGGCCACAGCCAAUGUUGAUCCUGAAACUGAUGAUAUAAUCCAGAGGACAAUCAGAGCCAAAUUUAGAGACAGCACAGUUUUGACAAUAGCUCAUCGUCUGUAUACAGUAAUGGAUUGUGACAGAAUAAUGGUGCUAGAAGAUGGUGAGUUAAAGGAGUUUGAUUCACCGUACAAUCUGUUACAAAAAUCUGAUGGCCAUUUUUCCAGAUUGGUUUUAAGCCUUGGGAAAAAUCAAGCCAAACAGUUGCAGGCGCUGGCCGAGUUGUCCCAGCACCAGAGAACUUCAGCCUGUCUACAGCUACAGAGGGCCAUGCUGUUAGCCAAUGAACAACUUGCUCAAAGCACUGAAGACCUCAGUGCUGGCCGUGCUGCCCUGAGAUGGAACAGGUUCACACACAGCCAGGAUUCCCUUGAUAAAGCACAAUUGGAAAGUAUUGUUGAGAAAGAUAAGAAAUCCAUCGCUCCCUCACAACGAAUCAUUAGACGCAGAAGCCCAGGCCGCACCAAAAGAACAAUAGAGGAAGAAGAGGAGCUGAUGAGCUACGACACGCCUCCAAAAACCCGUCAGGUCUUCGGCACAAAAAAACAAAAUGAUAAAAGAAACACAGACUCCUUCUCAUCCCAUUCUAAGGAGAGUUCCUGGGGACAGUCUGAGGAAACAGCCAGCACCACUUUGGAUCAGUCCAAGAAAGAUCUAACAGCCAGGCUGCAACAAGACAAGCAGAAAUCUGGACCUGAUCAGAAGGUACCUUUUGAGACAGAUGUGGACUUUGAACCUGCUAGACGAAGGUCUGGUGGGAAUACCCACAGCAGGCAGAUGCAGGGGAGUCCCACAUCGAAAACUGCCCCACAGAAGUUGUCAGACUCGCCUAAACCAUUGGCCAACAAGGCUAUUUCUUCACCCAAGUACAAUAACUCUGCCACUUCCCCUCCAUCCAGUAGAGUGAUAACAGGUCCUUAUGUCCCCUUAGCUAAGGAUGAAAAGGAAGAAUUUGUUUGAAACAGCUUGAUAUUACUUGUAGGUAAGAAAUUUUUACUCAGAUCCUGUUACUGUUUUGAAAAAUGUUAUCUUCUUAAACGAUCAUCAGUUCAAUAUUAAUCAAGCCACAGUAGAUUUUUAUUCCUGACUGUUUUUUUACAACUAUUUACACAACUUCAGUUUACAAAACUUAUUUUAAGAUCACCGAGAAUUAUGUUGCGGUUAAUGUAUUACAGCAGUUUGCUGCUAAUGCAAAAUGGGAGUGGUUUUUAGAGGAUUUUUAUGUAAAUGAAGAUGGCUUUUAGAGUAUUUUGUUGGACCUGAGAUGGUUUUUUUAGAGAAUUUUAAAAAAAAAAUUAUGAUGGCUUUUAUGGAAUGAGCUAGCUUGUUUUUAUUUGACUCAUUCUUUUUAGAAGUGACUUGCAGAUUUUAUGAAAGAGAUUUUUAAAUGUUUAAAAGGCUGAAUAUAUUUUUGUGAAACUUUACAAACUACUCAUGCCAUAGCUAAGUUUUAAACUAUUUCACUCUAUGACAAUAAUGUUUUAACUUUUGAAACAUGUUACUGUGUAACAAGGUGAAUACAUUGAGUCCUGUGCACAAAAAUCGCACCAGGCUGAGAGAGUAGAAAUGUUUGACUGUGUUUUCUCCUAGACUGUUGCCUCACUAAUUCUUGCCAAAGUGGUGGACAUGCAUGCUAAACAUGUCCCUCACCACAUCACCUGUCUAUUUGUUUUGUUCUAUCUACUUCAUUAACCGGACAUUCUUUCACACUGUGUGAUGCCUUGCAUCCUUCACAAUUCUCUGAUGGUGCUCUCUCUUUUCUUUUCUUUUUUUUGAAGUUAGAAAGUACUGUGAUAAAUAUUCAUAAUAGCUGUAAAAACAAAAAGGUUUCUUUUUAAAGUCAUGGUGGUUUGUAAUUUUAAAAAGUCGCUGUUCAAGCUACAUGUUUAGUUGAUAUUAGUUGAUUCUACAAGUGAAUGCCUUCAAAGUGUUUUAACGAGAUGUUUAACAAACAAAUUUUUAUAUGGAUACUUAUACCCAUUGCAUUUACAAGUUCUCUCUUUCUCUGUAUGUUAUGUGCUUAUAUAUCAGUAUUUGUUCUUACACCUCAUCGUAUUAUCCCAGCAUAGCCUUAAGCAAGAACUCUUCUUGCAAUGAAGAUUAAAAUAAUUGUAUUUUUUUCAAUGAAAUCUUUGGAGAAUCAUUACCUCAGGUUUUUUUUUAAUAUAUAAAUUAUUUAAUGUAUUCUGUAUGUAAUUUAAAAAAAAAUUAUUGAUUAUGAAUUGAGAGAACUAAUAAGGUGGGGAGGGGCAGGGUGCAUUGUUUGUUAUACCUCUAUGCAUUUAACAGUGAGAAGUACCAACAUGGUGCAAAUAUAAUAAUAGCAGCUUUUAAAGCAGUUAUUAUUCUCUUCAACAUUGCGUCCAAUUACAAUGACAAAAACAGGCGUUUCAAAAACUACAUAUGAUAAUAAUGGCUAAUGUUGAUAAAACUAUUUAAUACUUGGUACAUGAUUUCAUGUUGGUAUGUAGUUGUACUGAUGUCUUUGUUAUAUCUUACCAGUGUUAUUUUAUCAGUGCUAAACAUGUAUUUUUUUUUAAUAAAAAAUUCAGCUGUAUUGUAUUUGUAGAAUGGAAAUGCUCAAAAAAUUUUUUAGCUGAAUAUUUACUUAAGGAGAUAGAGGGUGGUAUUAGGCUAAAGUUGAGUUGAUUUAUUAUUUCUUAAAUCAACACAUUUAAAAAAAAUCUUUUUACCAAAUGUACAUAUUUAUAAAGAUUUAUUACUAUACACUAUAAAAUUAUAUAUAUAUAUAUUUACAUAUGACAUGUGAGAAAUAUUUAAUCAUGUAUUCGAGUAAAGCGUGUAAUCUCCUUUAAAUGUGGGGGGUCAGCUGUAGUAAUCUAUAGAUAUCGGUAUUAAGUCCCAAGAUAUCUUUAUCCUAUGUCAACUCUACCAAAUCUUAGGCCAACUCUCACAAAUCUUAGGCCAACUCUACCAAAUCUUAGGCCAACUCUAUCAAAUCUUAGGCCAACUCUACCAAAUCUUAGGCCAACUCUACCAAAUCUUAGGCCAACUCUACCAAAUCUUAGGCCAACUCUACCAAAUCUUAGGCCAACUCUAUCAAAUCUUAGGCCAACUCUACCAAAUCUUAGGCCAACUCUACCAAAUCUUACACCAACUCUACCAAAUUUUAGGCAUACUACAAAAUUCUAGGCCAACUGUACAAAGUCCUAGGCCAGUUGCACAAAAUGCUAGAUUAUCCAUACUAACCCUUAGACCAACUGUACUAAAUCUUAGACCAACUGUACUAAAUCUUAGACCAACUGUACUAAAUCUUAGACCAACUGUACUAAAUCUUAGACCAACUGUACUAAAUCCUAGGCCAAUUGAACUAAAUUCUAAACCCGCUGAACUACCCCACAUCUUUGGCCAACAGCAUCACCCAGCACACUUUAAAAAUUGUAUUAAAAUUCUUGAAGACAGGCAUUAUUAUUGAUAUUACUUUUUUAACUUUGCAUGUACAUAAUCUAUUUUACCUUUGUAUUUUUGUGCUGUCAGCAAUUGUAUACUCUAGUCAUGUUGUAUCAUAUCCAUUAAUGGUUAUGCAUAUGCUGUUUACCAUGCUAGUAGUUCAACAUAUAACCAUCCUGUUAUUUUGUUUCACACCAUUCCAGAUUCAUUUUUUUAUUUUAUGUUUUAUUUUCAGCUUAGAGCUUUGAAGUAUUUAUGGUAUUUUAUUGCGUUAAUUGUAUUAAGUAUUUUAUCUUUUAUAUAUUUUUUAUUCUUAUUUAGCCAUCUGCUUUGAUGUGUUGAUAAUUUUAUAAACUUUUUGCAAGUGUAAAACUUUGACAAUUGAACGACAUUUUAGAAUAUUAAUGAAUCAAUUAGCCUACAGUAAUAAUUUAGUUAUGAGUUCGUCAAAAAGUGUUUUAUCUUCAAUGAAUACAAUUGUAUAAAUCUGAAAUGGAUUCCCCAUAAAUAAGUUUGGUUGUGACUCAUAUUGUUUAGAUGAAAUAAGCCAUUGUGCUAUAGUGAAUACCUUAACUAUCAACCAUAUAUUUAUUUUCACUAAUCAAAAACAUCUAACAUGCUUAAAUUCACUGGUAUUUACUUAUAGCUUUUAUGCUGCUAUUUAUUCAAAACCAAAAAUCAGUUGUAAGAAAGAAUCAAAAUUUGUAACACCUGGAGGGGAUAGGACAGUGUCAGAAUUUGGUUUUUCCUAUCCUAAUAUAUAUUUGUUUCUAACAUUUGAAUGUUAGUAUUUUAUUAAUGUAAAUCAUGUUAUCUUCUCUAGUAUUUUAGUAUUAGAUAUAAUUAGAUAGUAGAUUGAAAAAGUGUUGGAUGAAAUAAUAUUAGGUAAAAUUAGAUAUUAGAUGGAAAAAAUGUUAGAUGAAAUGAGAAAUUAGAUGUAAUGGGAUAUUGUAUUCAGUUGGUAUUAGACCAAAUGAUACCAUCAAUUUCCUCUAAGAUGGAAUAAGAUUAAAAAAGCUGUUAACAAUUAAGUGUGAUAUACACCCUGCCUAAUUGUUCUGGCUAGUUUCAAUGUUAAUAGAAUAUUUUUUGUUUUACAAAAAAAAUUAUUGAAGAUGUUAUAGACCAAAUUUUUUAAUUUUUUAAUGAGUAUCUCCACAACUUAUAUGUGCUUUCUUCUCCCUGAUGCUUACAUUGCUUUUAUACCAUUUGCUGUUUAUGUUGAAUAAAUUGUUGAUAGAAGGUUUACAAAUUAGAACAAUUUUUUUUUAUCCUGCCCCAUAGUUUAAGGUCCACUUAUGGGUAUCUUGAGUUAUUUAGACUUUGAUCAAACUUUUAUGUAGAUUUUACUCCAACUAAGACAGCUUUUUAAUAAACUGUCAGUUUAACUGUAGUCUUAUUUUUAUAUAUUUUUAAAAUAAUGUUGGGUUAUAUUUUUAAAAUGAGUACAAAUAGAAUAAAAUAUAUCAUGUUUUUAAUGGGUGGGUAUUAUAAACAUGGGAAGUAACUCACACAUAGAAUAAACAAUACAUAAUAUAUGGAACCUGUUUUGUGUAAAAUUCAUUGAAAUUAGUUCUGCUUCAAUAAGGCAUGUAUGUAUUCUAAAGUGAUUGAUCAUGUUUUUUUAGUUUUUACAGCAAGUCAUUUUGAUAAAGUUCUGUUUCAGUUUUCUUUUUUUUUUUCACUGGCAUACUUUUUUUCUUCUGUGAACUGCUUUUUAAAAAAAAUAUUGUGUUUAACUUAUUUUAAUCUUUUUUUUUUUAAAGUUCUAUGUGGCAUUCUAAACAAGCUAAAUAUAGGCUAAACCUAUUUCUGUUUGUUACUGAGUGUGGUAGUAUUUUUUAUUUAUUUUUAAUGAGCUUCAGAAAAUGAUCCAGAAUAUAAUUUUUAAACUUAAAUAAGAUGUAUCUUUGUUUAAUUUUAUAUUGCUUUUAUAAACCAUAUUCCCUUAUUACCUAAAAAAUCUCAUCAAAAUCUUACAGUCCAAAGAAUUUAAAUGCUUUAUUAAAAUUAUUUUAAAAUUGAAACUUGAUUGAUCGUUGAAUGACGUCAUUAGAGUUUUUUGUUAGGUUUACCUUGUAUGAUUGUACAACAAGUAAGGACCUUGUUAACUAUUCCAGCUGAUAGAAGCUUAUACCAGCUACUAUGUUGUGUAGCAUUGUUAGGUUUACCUUAUAUGAUUGUACAACAAGUAAGGACCUUGUUAACUAUUCCAGCUGAUAGAAGCUUAUACCAGCUACUAUGUUGUGUAGCAUUGUUAGGUUUACCUUAUAUGAUUGUACAACAAGUAAGGACCUUGUUAACUAUUCCAGCUGAUGAAAGCUUAUACCAGCUACUAUGUUGUGUAACGUUUAUCCAACAUUCCACUUAUGCUUGACUCAAAAUGUUUCAACAUUCCAGUUUACUGUAAACUCAUUUAUUUAGUAGAUGUUUAAAUCUUCAUUUCUCACAUUUUUUUUAUUUAGUAGAUGUUUAAAUCUUUAAUUUCUCACUUUUAAAUACAUCUCUUCCACAUUUAUUUUGUAGAUGUUCAAACAUUCAUUUCUCCCUCUUUGACUUUGGAAGUGUUCAAAUCAUAAUUUUUCCCUUUUAUUUAUAUAUUAGAUGUUCAAAUCUUCAUUUCUAUAUUUUUAAUUAGCAGAUGCUCAAAUCUUCAUUUCUCCCUAUUUUAUGAAGCAGAAGAUGUCCUUGAUGUCAAUAGUCUAUUUCUCCCUGUCCUGUUUUAUCCCAGUCUAAUUUGUCAAUGUGCUCUCAUUGUUUUUUCAUCAAAAAUUUAUUUCUACCUUUAAAAUUGUUUUGUGUAUUGUUGAUAUAAAACAAGUGACCAAAAAUAUGUGGACAGUUUUUAUGAUGUUUGGGCUAGUUUAAAAUAUUUCAGUUCAUCAACCAGCAGUCUAAAAACAAAUUGGGUUUAUUAACCAGCAGUUUAAAAUAUUUCAGUUAAUCAACCAGCUUUCUAAACAGUUAUUGAGUUCAUCAGUUUAACUAAUGUGUGAAUGGAUCUAAUGUGACACUCUUAUUAUUAAAAAAAAGACAAAUUUCUAAUUAAUAUAUUUUUAUGUUGUUUUAAAUACUGCAAGUUUUUUCUUUUUCGGUUAAAUCUUUGAUCACCCACAGCAUAAUAGUUUGGUCUUUGUGAAAUGUAUAAAUAAAA